GACGUAAUUCAAUCGAUUAGAUUUUGACCCUCAAAAAUUCCUCUAGAAAAUUGCAACUUUAUUUUCAAUUAGUGUUUUAGAUUAGACUGUUUAGUGAGUAGUAAAUCCAAAAUGUCGAUAUUCGGUGAAAUACUUCCAAUAAACAGGAGCGAGGAGAAGAACAAGCAGGCGAGCGCGAGCCUCUCGCCGUACCUCAACUUCGACCCGAGCGUAGUGCCGCGGAUGCAGCCGGAGUUCCUGUACCCCGACGAGAGCCACAUGGCCUCCACCGCCCGCCGCUCCAAUGUCGCGCUGCCCAUCAUCGGCAUGUCCUUCAUGACGGGCUCAGGUUUGGGUGGGAUGGCGGGAUUAUACAAAGGUCUCCGAGCGACCACACUCGCAGGACAGACCGGCAAAAUCAGACGAACUCAACUAAUUAACUAUGUCAUGAAACAAGGGACCACAACGGGCUGCACACUGGGAAUCCUUGCAUCUUUCUACUCGACUAUUGCUCUGGGAGUGACAUGGCUGCGAGAUCAGGAGGACACAGCUAACACGUUCAUUGCCGCUACAACCACCGGAGUCCUGUACAAAUGCACCAGCGGCCUCCGCUCGAUGGGCCUAGGAGCUGCGGCAGGGCUCACACUAGCCGGCAUCUAUACACUGGUCACGGACAAUGACAACAUAUGGAGCAAAGCGAGAUAUAUAAGAAUGUGAUGUGAUUCCCCCUACUAUGCUAGUUUUAUGUAAAUAGUCAGUAAUUUUAGGUAUUGUUUUAAGGCACUCGAUGAUCUGUCAAGUGAGUAUAGACUUUAAUGCCAUGUCUAUAACUUGUCCAGGUUGCUGUGCGCCAUACAGGUUAUCCUGCUUUCAAUGUUAUGUCCCAUAUUGGAACAGGAGUAGCACAAUUUUAUUUAAGUCUCAAAUAAAAAAUGUUCAGAAAA